AAACUUCGAACAAGUGUAACUCGAAACUGGUGUAAAGUGCAACCAUUUUGUGUGAUUAUUCGUAAAUAACCUGCUAAAGAUGACGUGCGGGGCAGAAUGUCUGUCGAUCGGCCCCCCACCGGACUCGAUCCUGCACAUGCCGCCGCCGCCGCUACCCGCGUUCCUGGCCAGUGCUGCCAACCUGACGCCGCCAUGCAGGGCUUCUAAGUGCCCGCCAUUGCAGAACAACGAGGACAACGCUCUGUUCCCGGGAGUGGAAUACCAUGAGCUGCCUAGACACGAGCCAGCCGGCAACGAUGACACGUGGUUCUUAGUCCUGAUCACAUGCUGCAUCGCCGUGCUUUGCAUUGCGGCACUUCUUGCGCUCUUCUUGCUCAAGUGCAGAGACUUUGUUCACAGAGCGCGCGGCGGCUGCAAAAGCGGAACUGGCAAGGCCAGUGGCUCGAACGCUCUAUACGGGGGCGCAGCCCUGGACUCCCGGGUGCUCUGGGCGGCUCUAACGCCGCGGGGCACCCGCCACUUCGUCGCCGACACCUACCCUCACGAUGAGACCGAGGACCACCACUACGAGUGCGUCGAGCCUCCGCUGUACAAGCUCGGGCCUCCAGAAGACCUCACAAUCACGCGUCACUUCAACGUCGAAUACGAGGACCCGGCUCCUCUCAUCGAAAGCUACAGCGACCGAACAGAGGAGUACUUCCGAAAUGGCAUGGAUACCCUCCGCCGUGGGCGACCCCUCGUGUCCUCUCCGACCAGAAUCGAGCGCCCCAACCUUCCUCCUCUAAACCUCCAGCCCCGAACCCUCCGAAGGGCACCACAUUCCCGCCGGGUGAGCGAUGCAAACAACCCCGAGAAGUCGGCCAUCUGAACCGAGAC